AUGGACCAUCUGCGUCAGACCUUCGCCCAAUGCCAGAUGGAAGGCCGUCCAGCCUUGGUCACCUAUGUGACAGCCGGCUUUCCCAUCGUCGAGGAGACUCGAGAUGUUCUGCUAGGAAUGCAGGCCGGAGGAGCUGACAUUAUUGAACUCGGUCUACCUUUCACUGACCCCAUUGCUGACGGCCCGACUAUCCAAAAGUCCAAUCUGAAGGCCCUCGAGAAUGGCGUUACCGUCUCUUCGAUGUUGGAAAUGGUCCGUGACGCACGCCAGAACGGUCUCAAGACACCCGUGAUUUUCAUGGGCUACUACAAUCCGAUCUUGCGCUACGGAGAGACCAAAUUCCUGGCUGAUUGCAAAGAGGCAGGCGCGAACGGCUUCAUCAUCGUUGAUCUCCCUCUGAAGGAGGCGAUCCGGUUCCGUGAGGGUUUUAUCAAGACUGGGCUCUCGUAUGUCCCUUUGAUUGCACCCUCUACCCCAGAGGGCCGCAUGAAGACCCCUUGCGAGGGGGCUGACUCUUUCGUCUACCUCGUCUCCCGCAUGGGGGUGACUGGUGCGACAGGGACUCUGAAUACCGAACUGCCUGCUCUCAUUCAGUGCGUCAAGGAGCUCUCGGGUAAUAUUCCCGUGGUGGUGGGCUUUGGUAUUAGCACACGCGAGCAUUUCCUGAGCGUGACUUCCAUUGCAGACGGCGCUGUUAUCGGUAGUCAGGUUAUCACAACUCUUAACAAUGCCCCCGCCGGUCAUGCUGCGAAGGCAAUUGAAGAGUAUUGCUCCCACAUCACCCACAGAACGGUCGUUCUAAUCGCCUCGAUGGCUGCGACUCCCAAUGCACCAGAGGCGAAUACACCAGAGGCGGCUGAUAAGGAAGAUGGAGCUGCUAUCACCGAUGGCGCGGGACGAUUUGGUGUUUUUGGAGGUCAAUACGCACCGGAGGCCUUGAUCACUUGCCUUGAUGAAUUGGAUGCAGGCUUCAAAGCUGCGGUGAAUGACCCAAUCUUCUGGGCCGAGUUCAAAUCCUGCUAUCCUUACAUUGGUCGUCCAUCCAGCCUCCAUCUUGCCAAGGGGCUGACUGAACAUGUGGGUGGCGCGAACAUCUGGUUGAAGCGCGAGGAUCUAAACCAUACAGGAUCUCACAAGAUCAACAAUGCCCUGGGACAGAUCCUCAUUGCUCGCCGACUUGGUAAGAAGGAAAUCAUUGCCGAGACAGGAGCGGGCCAACACGGCGUCGCAACCGCUACUGUCUGCGCCAAAUUUGGCAUGAAGUGUACCAUUUACAUGGGUGCAGAGGACGUCCGCCGACAGGCUUUGAACAUCUUCAGAAUUCGCUUACUGGGUGCUACCGUUAUCCCCGUCGAGUCGGGAGCGCGUACCUUGCGUGAUGCAGUGAACGAAGCUUUCCGCGCUUGGAUCAUUCGCCUGGACACCACGCAUUACAUUAUUUGCUCGGCGAUUGAGCCUCAUCCUUACCCGACUAUGGUCCGCACCUUCCAGAGCGUUAUCGGAGAGGAAACUAAAUCCCAGCUCCGAGACCUUGGCAGGAGCCCCGACGCUGUGGUCGCCUGCGUGGGCGGUGACUCAAACGCAUCAGGAAUGUUUUAUCCUUUCUCUGAUGAUCUGUCUGUCCAGUUGAUUGGCCUAGAAGCUAGUGGAGAUGGUCUCGACACGGCGCGCCAUGCAGCUACGCUUACCAGUGGAUCAGUCGGAGUUCUGCACGGUGUCCGAACCUAUGUUCUUCAGGAUGAACAUGCUCAGAUCUCUAACACUCAUUCUAUCUCUGCUGGACUCGAUUACCCCGGAGUGGGACCGGAGCUGGCGCAUUGGAAGGAGAGCAAUCGGGCAACAUUCCUCUCAGCCACAGACGCGCAGGCCUUGCAGGGCUUCCGACUCCUAAGCCAGCUUGAAGGUAUUAUUCCUGCGUUGGAGACCUCUCAUGCUGUUUGGGGCGCUAUUGAGACUGCUCGGAAGCUCGGACCCAACAAGGAUCUUGUCUUGUGCUUGAGUGGUCGCGGAGACAAGGACGUGCAGAGCGUCGCCGAUGAAUUGCCCAACCUUGGGCCUCAGAUCGGGUGGGACUUGCGAUUCUAA